AUGCGCUCUUCAGACCGCAACCGCUUGCGGCCUUGCUCAUGGUCAUGUCGUCGCGAUAUCCUCAUUAUCUUCAGUCUCAUACUAUCACUUGGCACUGCUGAAGCCUCAGAACCUAUUCCGAUUGUUGCGACAACAAGUACUGAUUUCUUCGGCUACGAUGGCCUGUGGUCUGCCAUCAGUAUACGAGUGGGAUCUCCCGAACAAUAUCUGUCUGUAUUUCCGAGCACACUGAGUCAGGAAACGUGGGUAGUAGGUCCUGCUGGCUGCGAUGGCACCUCAAUCUGUGAGAAUAAAAGAGGAGGGUUGUUUUUGACAAACGAGUCGUCUUCUUUCAAUGCUCGAGGCUUUUUUGAGCUCAACUUCAACCCUGAGCUGGGAGGCAGCGGAUAUGGAUAUUAUGGCUUGGACACGCUCUCCCUCAACGAUGCGAUCUCGGUCCCUGAUCAAAUCAUCUCCGUGGUCAAUGCUACAGAAUAUUGGGUCGGAACUUUGGGACUCGGGGUUCAGCAGACCAGAUUCAACGGUACUGAAGACAUCUCACCACUCUUAUCGAGUCUGAUCCAGAAGCGCAAUGAUAUCCCGAGCCGCAGUUAUGGCUACACUGCAGGGGCAGCCUACCGCCUGAAAAGUGUUCCAGCCUCGUUAACGCUCGGAGGCAUUGAUGCGAAUCGAUUCGUGCCGAACAACAUGAGCUUCACGCUAAGCCAGGACUACUCACCGAUUGUUGCCAUCAAUUCGAUCUCGGUUUCAUCAGGGGCCGAAUCUUUACCUUUUAAUUGGGAUUCCAACCCCCAAACUCUUCUGGAUAUAUCUCAAGCCGACUUGUUCACCAUUGACUCGUCAACUCCAUUCUUAUGGCUUCCCGAACCAGCGUGCGACGCUUUUGCAAAUGCGCUCAACCUGACUUACGACGACACUUUACAACUUUACCUUUUCCCAGACGAUAAUUCAUCGUCACCCAGCGCUCUCAGUGCGUGGAAUUUAACUUUCACAUUCACAUUGAGCAAUUUGCCAGGCUCAUCCGACGGGAUUGAACUUACGCUACCGUACGAUGCGUUCAAUCUUCAGCUGACAUACCCGUUUCCAAAUCUGGACGCAAACUUCACCUCUCCUCCCACCAACUAUUUUCCUCUACGCAAAGCAGCCAAUUCCACACAAUAUACCGUCGGUCGAGCCUUCCUUCAAGAGACCUAUCUUACUGUUGACUACGAACGCAACAACUUCUCGAUCUCCCAGGCCGUGUUUACAUUGGAUGCUGUUAGCAAUGUCAACCUCCUAGCAAUCUCUCGACCUGAAGGCAGCACGUGGCCAGGGCCCCCGAGAAGCGGAUUGUCGACGGGCGCCAAAAUAGGCAUUGGGAUAGGAGCUGGAAUAGGAGGAUUACUUGUAUUGGGACUGGCGUUGUGGUUCUGUUUCCGGAAGAGAGCUGAACCAGAAAACUCUGGCACGGAGAAGGAGAAGCGACGGUCAUUCCUGAGUCGCCUACAAAAGCAUCCCGACUCAAAGACCUCUGUUUCUGAAUUGCUAGGCGACAAACGUCAACCAAUCGAGGUGCCUGCAGACCCGUCUGUUAGUCGGUUCGAACUCGCAGCUAGCACGCCAAUCGAGAUGCCGGCUGGCCCUGUCUCUCCGAGUUUCUUCGAGAGCAAUGAAGCCCCCCGGGGAUCGGCGCUUAUGAGGAACGAUCCCAGAAGACCGGCAGAGCUCGAACAGCAGCACUCGGCAAACAAGGCGGCUGAAGCAGCAGCUAGCGAGAGAUCUGGGUCACCGGUGCCCCCGUAUUCACCAGCGGAGGUUAACCAUCGCUUCAGCAAUAGUGUCAGCCCGUACAGCGUCAGGCACAGCCGUGCGUUCGGAACUCUGUCCUCCGGGGACCAGGGCAUUAGCCCAGUGGGUGCCAGUCACGAUGGUCAUUCGCGACAAUCCAGCAAUACCAAUAGCAGGAGCAUGUCCAGUCCAAUAUCACCAGAACUUACAUCAAGAUCCCAAGCACAAUCACUGCCUGGAGGAAGUACCAGCCCGGCAACGAGCACGAGCCGUGGCAGCCUUUUGGUACCACAGCUGAAUGGACGUCCUCCAUCACGCUCACCCAGUUCUGGAAGCAGAUUUGUCGAGGAAGGGCUGACCACCGUGACAGAAGAACGUCCCCCUGGUCCACCUGUGCGAUCGAACACCCCGGCUGACAGAUUCAGCUGGGAGCAGUGA